UCUCUCGCUCUCAAUUUCGCAUUAAUCAUGGGCAGAUCUCCUUGCUGCGAGAAGGCGCACACCAACAAAGGAGCAUGGACCAAGGAGGAAGACCAGUUGCUCGUUGCCUACAUCAAAGUCCAUGGCGAAGGCUGCUGGAGAUCUCUCCCUAAAGCUGCAGGUCUUCAAAGGUGCGGCAAGAGUUGUCGGCUCCGGUGGAUAAACUACCUCCGGCCGGACCUCAAGCGCGGCAACUUCACCGAGGAAGAGGACGAGCUCAUCAUCAAACUCCACGGCGUGCUCGGUAACAAAUGGUCAGUGAUAGCCGGCCGAUUACCCGGGAGAACCGACAACGAGAUCAAGAACUACUGGAACACCCACGUCAAGCGCAAGCUCAUCGCUCGAGGGCUGGACCCCCGAACACACCUUCCGAUCAACGGCGGUUCCGAACCCUCCUCCCUUUCGUCCGACCGGCGAACGGCCUUAGCGUUGUCCAAAGACGAGUCGUCCGCAGAAGACAGGCAGAGCAGCGACCUCAACCUCAACCUCGCCAUUAGCCUUCCUCGCGCCUCUCCCAAGUCCUCCUCCGCUUCGUCGGAGGAUUUGCUUUCGGAAGCAGAGGCCGCUCCGGCGUCUGUUCACGCCCGAACUAUUUGCUUCUGCUACCAUCUCGGUUACCGAGCGAGCGAGGCCUGUAGCUGCCACACGAGUUACGGCGACAAUUUUGGUUGCCUUUAUCGGCCUCUCAGAGAAAGGCAGCAGCCUACUUGAGUACUUCUUGUGCUCAGAUCAGAUUUCUCAACUUCGUUUGUUUCUAUAGUAAAAUUAAAUGUUUUUCAUCAAUACUUUCGUGUACAUUUAUCUGUAUCAGUUGUACCAAUUAAGGUCUCGACGUGCAUCGUCUGCAAAGGAGAAGCUCCCUGAGCAAUUUCCCCUGCUCGGCAAGGACAGAUUAUUUAAUUAAUUCAU